AUGAUACAUGCCUUGGAUCUUCGUGAUUUAUGGGGUUUCGGUCUUCCCGCCAUUUCAUUUUUCACUUUCGCGCUUCGCCACUAUCUAGAACAAACAGGGCCUCGAAUUCUUCAGCAUCUACGAGACAUUAACUAUGAACUCUCGAUUGUGGUCGCUCGCUUGUUCAUUCCACUCUUCUCCGAUUCACUGCCACUGCAUGUCGUGUUUCACUGCUGGAGCCUGCUUUUUGCCACGGGAUUUUCGGCAGUUUUUCGUGUCACCACCGCGCUGCUGCUCCAAUUCGAAGAGAACAUUCUGCUCUGCGACAGCACGAACUUUUCGGAACUGAUGAACUCGAUGGGAUCGGCGUAUCUGCGAAAAGAGAGCGAGGUCGCUGCGUUUUACCGAAAGCUGAGCGAGUUGUCGAUGGUAAAAUCACUUCGAUUCGCUGAACUCAAGAUAAACGAAUCCUCUCUGCAGACAUUGCGUGCUUCCUUUCUCGAAAAGCAGCAAAGCCAAUCGGCUGCCACGGUGCAGCAUCUCCAAACGAUCGAUGAAGACAUUCAAAGCAUUCAAAACCGAAUUCGAUCGCUGUUUUCCUACAUGACAGGCCUUCUUUCCUCCAUUCAAAGCGACAUUCAGCUGCGCCAGCGCUUUGUGUCGGAGCUGAUCAACCUCCAGACCAUCAAAACCUAUUUGGCGUUGGAUUACGACACGAUUGAAAGCGCGUUGGGCCAUCGAAUCAACGCGAAGCAAUCGAAACUCAAGGCGAUUUCGGGGAAGUGGCUUUCGUUCGGGUUUUUGGCGGAGGAACGAAGAAAAGAAGAGGAAGAACGAGAGCGAUUGGAGCUGAAGUUGCGAUCGGUGUCGUACGAACUCACAGAGAACUCAAGGCGAAUCAAAGAAGCCGAUCUGACGAUUCAGCAAAUGGUGAAACGAAUCGAUUUGGAGAUUGCAGAAUUGGAAGACUGCAAUUUGCAGCGUGUUUCGUUUCAGAAUCAGCUGUCGCAGCUCUACAAAGAACGAUCCAAAGUGAAUAAGUGUGAUGGAAUGUGA